ACGGUUUUAUGUAACAGUUCCAUCCAAGAAAUUUAGAAACGAAAGCGCAGUGAAAAGCAAAACGGCGGGAACUAACGAAAGAAGAGCAGAGUUUCAUCGUCGAACACCUGGAGAUCACAAUAACAACAGCGGCAGCAGCAGCAGCAUCGGCAUCAAGAACAAUGGUUCUUCUCUUUCUUCUCGCUUUCUUGAUGAGUGUGACCUGUAGCUGUAGCGUAUCGCAUGGACUGAUCAUCCCUGAGAAAUAUUCUCUAAUGAGAAAUGGAUCGGCUCAUGUCUCUGCAUUGUACGUGAUGGGAGACUCUUCUGUUGAUUGUGGAGACAGCACUCCCUUGUACCCUUACAUUCAUCGCAAUCUUUCUCUGCUUCCCUGUAAUGGCUCCGAUAGAACGCUUCUUCCCUAUCUUCUUGCUGAAAAGAUGGGCUUGCGAAAUAUCUCUCCAUUUUAUGGUCAGAAUGGCUCAAUUGAAGGGAUAAGACGCAGUUUGAAUUAUGGUUCAGCUCAUGCAACAAUCAUGAAACCUGGUAGUCUGAGCCAUCAGUCUCUUAACCAACAACUACGCCAAGUAUUUGAAACCUUUCAGUUUUUGCAACUCCAGCUUAGCGAGGAAACUGCACAACAUUUUAUCAGAUCCUCCAUGUUUUACCUCUCAUUUGGCAGAGAUGACUAUGUUGACCUCUUCCUUAGAAAUUCUUCUGGCGUAAUGCUCAAGUACAGUGGCCCAGAAUAUGCUCGGAUUCUGGUCAAUCAGAUGGUUCUUGCAGUAAAGAGCCUUUAUGAUGCAAAUGUUAGGAAUAUCAUAUGCAUGGGAAUAUUGCCACUGGGAUGCACACCACGUAUGGUAUGGGAAUGGCAUAAUGUAACUACAAUUGAUGCCAGAAGGGGUUGUGUGGAAGAGAUCAAUGAGCUGGUUUUGCAAUACAACAUAAUACUGGAUGAGCAUAUUAUGGAGCUAAAAACAGAGUUAUCUGAUGCUCAGAUCAUCUUCUGUGAUGUAUACCAAGGAAUUAUGGAGAUCAUGACCAAUCCACUACAAUACGGAUUCGAAGAUGUAAAUAAUGCGUGCUGCGGGCUUGGUCUGCACGGUGCAAUUAUUGGUUGUCUUUCUGCAGAUAUGGCCUGCAAUCAGCCUUCAGCUUAUGUCUGGUGGGAUCUCUAUAAUCCUUCACGAGCAGUGAACUCCUUUCUUGCUGAGGCAAUAUGGUCUGGCCACACCUUUCCUGGCAUUUGUCGUCCUAUCUUGGUCCAGGAUCUAGUUUACUCUCCAGUUGUGCAUCUAACCUGAGUGCUGUCAACACAACGCAUGCUUGAUCAAAUUGUUUUCUUGCCUUUGUUGCUUGAAUUUUGGUUACAUAUCAUGCUGGGCAUCUCAGAUUGAUUGAAUGCAGAAUUCUUUGUUAGUGUGACACAGAUUUGUGAUGAUAUCUCCAAUUACUCCUACAAAUUGUUUCCUGUAACUCAAAUCUUGUGUAUAUGAGGUGCUAAUGCAAAGUUCUUGUGAAUAAUUGUGUCAAACAGCCUUGUUCCACAUAAUAGAAAUUUGCUGUCUCGAACA